UUACAGAUGAAUUCGUAUGGAUAGGUGCCGGGAGUUGGAUUUAUCGUUUUAAGGUGUAGAUUAGUGGUUGUAUUGUGGCAGUGGUCAGAUAAUAUGUAAUGAUAAAUGGGUCAUGUCGAACUAUCUCUUUAGUCUGUUUAAUCUGAAAACUUUUUCUUUUGUUUCAACGCCACAAAUGUUGUUUGGGUAAUGCCAUCUAAUCAGCCAGACUGCCUUACUUCAUUAGUUUCCUACGUUCCUCAGUUAAAUUUUGGCUUCAAUUUACCCUCAACAGCAGCUGUAAAUCAAUUGGGAAUUCCUGCUGCAAACCAGGAGCAGCAAUCAAUCCCAACCCCUGCUGAAUCAUUAACAUUUUUGGAAACUGUUAGCACACGAGUUAACUGUAACUGCAAGUGCAUUCCUCAAUUACAAACUUCUUCACAACCCCUUCGUUCUGCCUUGAAGAAGACAUUUAACACUAAACCGGGGAACAAAGUUGAUGAGGAAUGUAAAAAUACUGAGAAAGGUUGCGAAGAAAAGCGAAUUUUGGUUUCUAAGCGCCCUACUGAGAUAAUAGCAAAAGCAGAAAAACAUCAGCAACUUCCUGCACGAUUAUUACAAAGAAAGAAGACAGUAGCAUUCGGAAGGACUGUGAACGUGUCACAAACAAUAGAGGGUACAUCAAAAACACAUCGAAAGUUUUUGGUUGACUCAAACCCUCAGAAAAAGAUAUUUCCUAAAAUGGCUAUGGAUAGUCGAAGUGAGCGACUUUUGGAUGAGUUUGAAAAGUUAAAAGAAAAAGUGCGCGAAAUGCAAUCAAAAAUCGAUGAACUGACAGUGAGAGAUUCAGAAAGAAGUGGUCAAUUCUUGAAAUUAACAGAAGCGAUGAAGAAAAUGCUGGAUGGUUCGGCACAAUUUAACAAUUUGUCCAGUAAUAGUAACGAGAAUUCCAAAAGAUGUGGAAAAAGAUUUGAAACAGAAAUGCGUUGUCAUGGCAAAGAAAAUAUACCCCCUGACGAGAUAUCUGUAGCAGGACAUAUCACUGAAGGUGCAGCACAUGGAGAACUUUUUGCGGAAUCGGUGAAUAGGAAAAAAACUAUUGGCGGUCCAUCCGAGGAAGAUCCUAAAUGGACAAUAAUGAAACGAAAAUAUGCUGAAAACGAAGAAUUCAAACGUUUGGUUGAUGAAGCUAUCAUGAAAUGCGGAGGAGACGAAAGUCUGGACAUUUUCGCAUCUCACCAAAACAAAGGAGAUAUUGGAAGAGUUCCAUCGCGACGGCAUGAGAAACCACAGCCUAUUUCACCUGUGAUUAGAAGUACCACACGAGUUACGAAACAGAUGACGGUUGAACAAAUUCAGCGCUGUGAAAAUUCGCCUGCGUCAUGUGCUUUUUCUUAUGAUUCCAAGAAGUAUUUGGCAAGGCAUGGCAUUAUUCCUGCGCUUAGUGACGAUGAUGAGGUAGAGCACAAUAUGGAGUGCGGUAAACGAUUAAAUCCAUCCAUGCAGUCCUUUUAUUAUCCGGGAGAUUCGGUGACUUACUAUUCCAAAAAUAUCAAGUGUAGCAACAUGCCUUUAAAAGAUAACUCUAAGAAUGAUUAUCGAGAGAAAAGAUGUCAUCAUAAGGAGGAAAGAACACCACGAUUUUUUGAUGAAGCAAAUUACCAGAUGGAUCAGUUUGACAGCGAUGAUGAUGAGGAUGUGAAUGAUAUGAUUGAAAUAAGUGAUGGAUUGGGAGUUGAGGAUCACUGUGGAACCGGCAUAAUGAUGCGUUUACCCCAUGACAAGAAAGGAUGGAGAGGCUCGGCACACAGCGGUUUUCGGCAUCAGAAGAACGAUGGCAUGUGUCAAUAUACGAAGCAGCGACUGAAUAAGUCCGCUUGGGAUUAAUUUCAACUUUUUUUUUCUAAAGAUUUAUCUCAAAGACUUUUUCAUUAUAUCGUUGCUCUAACAGAUGUUCGGGAAUAAUUCUACAAUCUCUUAUUCUGCUUCAUCAUAUCAUUAUUCGUGAGCUACAGAAGAGAGUUGAAAUAAGUUUUUAGGCUUAUUGCAAUAUUAAUGUAAUCAUUUUUUAGCGUUAACUUUUGCACUCACUGUUUUCGUAAAAUUUGAGUUAAAUUCAUGAUAUCUGUUUUGUUCAAAUCUUCAAACAUCUAAAAUAAUGUUGGUACUAGCAAUGUCUUUUGAUUUCCUUUUCCAAAAUGGUUCCAAAAACUUACUAAUGGAAGCAUUGGAUUUUCUUGAUGUUCAGCUGAAAAUCAAGAGCUUGGUGUCAUUUAGUGCUUGUAUCCGUCUCACUUAUUUUUUAUAUGCCUUCGGUGUUGGUGUGUGUGUUAUUUUGAAUCCAAUGGCGCUCUUGUCAUUUAGAAGUACAAAUAAAAAGUGGAAGAUUUUCUUUAUUCCUUUGAGUUUUUAUUCAUUCAUUUGACAUUAGCUUCCAGAAAUCCACGUCCUGCAUAUCACAGCAUUUGGACAGUUGUUUUGCUUGAUUUUCAGAUGAAGUAAACGCUUUGGUUUUAUCACA